AUGAUGAAGUGUGUAGUGGGAAGUGUUUUGACGGCGUGUGUUGGCUGCAUGGUUACUGUUGAAGCUAUUACAAAGCUUAGUCCAAAUUGUAUGAACUUGUUGACGUGCUCAACAUUCCUCUUCAUAUCAUUUAUUGGUUUUCUUAAGCAAUCACAAUAUUUCAAGCAUUUACCGCGAAACAAAAUACCUUUGAUACGAGGCUAUUUACGUGUUGUCAUCUUAUUUUUCGUAAUAAAUGUCGCAAACAACUUAUCUUUGCAGUAUGACAUUUCUGUACCUCUUUUAAUCAUAUUCCGUUCUGGAACGUUAUUGGCAAAUAUUAUUCUUGGAUACUGUCUUAGAAGUCGGGCAUAUUCUUGGAAGAAACUUUUGUCUGUUCUGCUCAUCACUGCUGGUGUUGUACUUUUCACUUUUGCUGACAAAUUCCCGAAACAUACUGUAAAACAUGUUGAUGCAGAACAUCGACAUUCAUGGUUCAUAUCUGGUUCCAGUACAGGAAUACUUUUGCUCUUUCUUGCUGUUUUCCUUUCCGCUUAUUUGGGCAUAUAUCAGGAAGAUCUUUAUCGGACAUACGGAAAUCAUUAUGAAGAAGCAAUGUUUUUCGUUGUUCGUUUAACAUACUUACAUGUUUUGUCGUUACCGGGCUUUGUGUUGUUCUACAGUGAUAUACGGCAAGCUGUGUCUCAUUUCAAUAGUUCCGAUUUUCUUCGCAUUUUAGGAUUGCAACUUCCAAUUUCUUCGUUAUGGAUUUAUUUGAUAUUGAAUUGUUUGUUUCAAUGGAUCUGUGUGAAAAAUGUGUAUACGCUUACAUCGUUAACAACGUCAUUAAAUGUAACAGUAGUGGUAACUUUGCGAAAAUUUCUGUCUAUGAUUAUAUCAGUGGUUGCAUUCAAGAAUCCAUUUACAAUACUGCACUUUAUCGGGACAGUCUUUGUAUUGCUGGGAAGUGUUGUAUAUACUACAUGCGAUCUCCGAUCUGCUAUCCCACGCUCAAAAAUGGAGUAA